CGCUUUGUUUUCGAACGCUCUUCCCUGUCUAUUCUAGGUUCCCGGGUGGAUUCGUCCUGCGUUUUUCACGGUCCCACAACCCACCCACCCAAGAAGCUUAUCUUCUUCGCUUUACACCAAUUAAGAUUUCACUUUCAUUAUAUUACCUAACAAAUAAUGGGAGUUCAUGGGCUUUGGAAGUUACUGGAAUGCUCAGGAAGACCUAUAAACCCAGAAACAUUGGAAGGAAAAAUUCUUGCUGUUGAUAUUAGUAUUUGGUUGAAUCAAGCUAUAAAAGGAGCAAGAGACCGUCAUGGGAAUUCCAUCCAUAAUGCUCAUCUCCUCAUAUUGUUUCGCCGACUUUGCAAACUGCUUUUCUUUCGGAUCCGCCCUAUUUUUGUUUUUGAUGGAGAAGCUCCUCUAUUGAAGAGGCAAACUUUGGCUAAACGAAAGCAGCAAAAAGAAGCUGCAGUUACAGAUUCAAAGAAAACCAAGGAGAAGCUUUUGAAAACCUUCCUGAAACGACAAGCAAUCAAGGCUGCUUUAGCAGGCAAGAGCAAUGCUCAAUUUCCUAGUCUUGCAGAGGUGAGAAGAGAAGAGGUGGAUGACAUUUAUGUGCUCCCUGCUUUACAAGAAGAUAAAAAAAAUAGCUCGGAAGAGGAAGAUGAAAAAGAGUGGGAAGAAAGGAUGACCCAGAAGAAAAUAUUGCAAGAAGAAUUGCUUGAAAACCCUCGUUCUGUUGAUGUUGAAUCAGACGAUUUCUUGAGCUUGCCUCCUGAAAUAAAACAUGAGAUCCUCACUGACAUGAAGGAAUUCACCAAACGAAGAAGAACAUUAUUUGAAGCCAUGCCUGAGGAAUCCAAUGACUUCUCCCAGUAUCAGCUCAAGGGUUUGCUUAAGAAAAGCAGCUUAAAUCGACACAUAGAAAAAGUGCAGAAGGAGAUGAAUGAACAACACUCUGGCCAAAUCCAGCACCAGUAUGAAGAAGAUGGGGGUUUCUUGAAAGAAUUGGAAACCAGGAGGGUUGUAUCUGAAGAUACCUCUCAUUACAUCCUAUUAAAAGGUACCCAGUCCAAAGGAACUACUUCUAGUUCUGUGACAUCUGCAAUCCAUUCUUCUACAAUGUCGAAAGAUUUAAAACCUAGCAAAAAUGUCAACGACAUGCAAGUUAAUACAGUCUCGUGUGACCUUUCAAUGGAAUCAACUAGUAGUACUUAUGCAACACCCCCUUCUCCAAGAACGAUGCUUGCUAUCCAGGCUGCUAUUUUGGGAAGCGGUUCAGAAGAUGAGUUGGAAGAUGGAAGCAAGAACCACCUUAAUGUAGACAAGUGUGAGUCCACGCCCAGUGUAGACAGAGGUAACAUGUCUCCACGAACUAUCAAGGCUAUUCAGCAGGCAUUAUGUGAGGAGGAGGAGGAGGAGGAGAUUAUCACAGCACCAUUUAUCAAUAGGACUAAUAUUACUCAAGGAGAAAGAACAUCCAUGAAGGACCAUCUUGCUAGCAGUUCAGAUGACGAAGAAGCAGUUCCUGAAGAUCAGAAUGAAAAACAACCUUUACCAGUACAGAAAUUGGAAAAUAGAAAUAUUAAAAAAAGCCCAUGCAUUCCUGCUGUGCAAAAAAGACUUUUGCCUGGGGCAGAAAAUGAAGAAAAAAGUGUGGAAACUGGGAUUUCUCAAAUAGAUGCAAGCCCUGGACAAUGUCAGAGUCCAAACAACAGCAUAAAGCAGCCAGAAAUGUCUUUGUCUCCAAUUCCAUCAGUUGGCUCAAGUCAUUCAGGUUUUGCAGAGUUAGCCCAAACUGGAAAACUUCAGUCUUUAAAGGAAUUGGCUAGCCAUUCAGGAAAAAACGUAUCCUGUACACAGAAUGAAUUUUUGUUUCCUUUCAAUAUCCCUCAACUUGAAGAGUGCGUGGAACAUCAGUCACGGUCUGAAGAAAGUGAUUCUGAUGGUAGCUUCAUUGAAGUAGAGACUGAACCAAGUGGUGAACAAGAUCGAACAUCUGAGACAUCACUUACCUCCACUGAAGAGGAGGUUGGAGUGGUGUCUGAAGCUUCAUUGGGAAUGAGAGAGGGGAGUGAGGACGCUUCAGAGAAUAAAUCAGAAAAUGGUGAAGAUGCAGAACUUGCUAUGGAGCAAAAUGCUGGAAUGGAAAGCACAGAGAAAGCUGAAAUUAAUGAAUGGCAGAAUAUUAGUAUGGAGGAUUUGGACGUCUUGGAAACCAACUUAUCUGUUGAACAAACAGCACUUCAAGCUCAGAAACAGCAGCAGGAACGUACGGCUGCCACGGUGACAGGACAGAUGUUCUUAGAGAGUCAGGAACUUCUGCGCCUCUUUGGCAUUCCAUACAUCGAAGCUCCGAUGGAAGCAGAAGCUCAAUGUGCUGUCUUGGAUCUUACUGAUCAAACUUCUGGGACAAUCACAGAUGACAGUGAUAUUUGGUUGUUUGGAGGACGUCAUGUGUACAAAAACUUCUUCAAUCAAAGCAAGUACGUCGAAUAUUACCAGUUCGUGGACUUCCAAAAUCAGCUAGGCUUGGAUCGAAACAAGUUGAUUAAUCUGGCCUAUCUCCUGGGCAGCGACUACACUGAGGGCAUCCCUAAUGUUGGCUAUGUAACUGCAAUGGAGAUUUUGAAUGAGUUCCCUGGACGUGGACUGGAGCCUCUCUUGAAACUCCUGGAAUGGUGGACUGAGGCUCAAAAGAAUAAGAAAAUACGUCCCAAUCCAUAUGAUACUAAAGUGAAGAAAAAACUGCGGCACGUAGAAAUUGCUCCUGGUUUCCCAAAUCUUUCUGUGGCAGAAGCUUAUUUGCACCCUGUGGUGGAUGAGUCAAAGGCAUCCUUUGCUUGGGGAAGACCUGAUGUGGAACAAAUUAGAGAAUUUUGCCAAAGUCAUUUUGGAUGGACUAAGUUAAAAACUGAUGAAGUUCUCUUUCCUGUUCUCAAACAACUGAAUAUUCAACAGACUCAGCUGCGUAUUGACUCUUUCUUCAGACUGGCACAACAUGAAAAACAAGCCAUCAAGAGUCAGAGGCUUCGCCGAGCUGUGACCUGCAUGAGGAGAAAAGAGAAGGAGGAAGACGACAGUGAAGUCCAGGAGGCAACUGCUCUCCUAGAAAAAGAAUUGAAACAGAAGAAAGGGCAGGCACUCAACAAAGGAAGGGCUGGAUGCCAGAAACGAGGAAGCAAACGGAAAAAAUGUCCGCCGCCUGAGCAACAGAGCGUUCUGAGUGGUGGCUUCAUAGGAGAGGUUCUGCUCUCGGAGGCAUCCAGCGAGUCUUCAGCCAGUGAUUUGGAGAAUGAAGCUUCCAGAAAGCACAGUAAAGGGGAGAAUGCAAAGAUGCUCGAAACGAACAUGGCAAGUCACAAGACUAGCCUAAAAGUUGCAUCUGCACAAAGUGAAGCAAGGAGUAGCAGCUCCAGUGCAGAGGAAGAAAUGCAGAUGGUGACAGCCAGGCCAGUAUUUGAGGGCAAAAAAGCACGAGGCAAGACUUUAAGGAGAAAGCGGAAGAAAUAAUGCUAGCUGAAAACAUAUAUGAGGCUUUAAAAAUUAUCUCAAUCUCGGCGACUUGAAGAUAUAUGAGCUUCAAGGCUGGCUGGGGAGUUCUGGGACUUGAAGUCCACGCAUCUUCAAGCUGUUAAGAUUAAGAUACAUUGCAUUAUUGUACAAAUAUUUGCUUCGCUAGAAAGAUACUAUUUUCCACUUUCUUUAUCAAUCUCCAUCUCCUAUUUAAUUUUGAAUACAUUGAGACUGUUCACAUACUUAAUAAUGGCAUGGUAUGAAUUUAAAAAAACUUUUAAAAUAGGAAACAUCUCCUCAAGAAAGCCUCUGCUAAGGUUUGUCAGUUUUGAGAAUUAUCUGAAGCUGAUUUGUGACCUGUAUGAUUUUCAGAAUGAAAAUGAAUUCAAUAUAUGGUGCUUCUCAUCUGACAUUAAGCUUCACACUUCACAAAAACAAAAAACACAUGUGGCCUGUGGUUCAGAGCUUUUGUAGUUCAUUAGUAGGAAAUAAGUGGGACAGCCUAAUUUCCUUCGUAUCUUGCCAUGCCACUUUUAUUAAACAUCAGUUUGUGCAUUUUGCAGUGCAGAGAAACUUCAAUGGAGAGAGUUGAUCAUUUUGGAUAUUAAACAAAUGAAAUGGAAAUGAGAUAUCAAACAAGGGAUGUAAGUAAAUUGAAGAAAAAGCAAAGAUUAGACUCAAAGUUUAGAUGAGAUUUAAAAUUCAUUUUCUGUGUAGUUAAAUUAUGAAAUCUGCUGUGUCAGUCUGGUUCAUCUUCCUUCAGAUGCCUAAUAUAAAGAAAAUUCCGCACACAUUAUUUGUAGACAAAAAUGUGCAAACUAUACAAACUCCUGUUUUCAUUUCUUGUUUUGUACAUUUUGUAUAUUUGUUGAAUUAACUGAAUUCCUCAUAUUAACUGAAUUUCAGUUUUCUGUCCAAACACACUUACAUUCAUCUAACAACACACAAGAAGCAGAUGAAAUACAAAACUAAACUUUAACCACUAAGAAGAUGGUUGUUAUAGGAUGCAACAGAAUAAUAGACAUUUUGGAAUUAAACUGUCAAACCAAAAACAAAAAAUUAUAUGUUGAUUAUGUUGAAUUUAUAAUUAUUUAUCCAAAGGAUUCUUAAUAAAGCUUAAUAGAAUAUAUACAGCAGUAUGAUUCAUUAUCAGUCUAUUGGAUUAAUAAAUACAAGAUCCAAAUAUGGAUAUGAAACUUAUUUCAGGCAGAAAAUCUAUUUCCUGAAACAAGGAGCUUUAACAUCAUUGCUAAAAAGAUCAUUUAUCUGCGGAUUUAUUUAACAAAAAAUAAAGAUUUAUUUAAGAACAAUUGCUCAGACUUGGAGAAAUAUAAUGCUAAACAUUACAAGUUAGGAAAGGCAGAAACUCUCUUUGAUAGGAAAAAUUGUGGGGGUAAAAAUGCAAAUCUUAACUUUUUGAUCUAAAAGAUCCCAAUAAAAAUGGAUGAAAAUGCACUAAAUGACUGGUAGUAAAAAACAAAAAGGUAUACAUGACUUAAGAAACUACCCAAAAUAAAAUUUAAAAACAAAAUAUAAAACUUGAAAGAAUAAAUAGACUAGUAGCAGCAAAUUGUAAGUUAGUUGUAUUACCAGGCUAGUGGUAUCUCUUAGAUAACAUUAGAUUAUAUUAUGGCUAGAUUGCUUGUGAGGAAGGAGUAGGGAUUUUAAAAGGGUUGCACAAAUAUGCCUGACAGAAGCAGAAAAAAAUAAUAAUUUUAAAAUAUGAGACAAAUGGAAACAUAAUCAGUUCUAUCUGUAAUCUCUUCUGCUUGAGCUAAGAGUUGGGCUAAAAGAUCCCUCAAGGUCAAAUCCAUCUCUGUUAUUCUGUUAUCUAUUGCCCCUUGCCUUGGUAACAAAUAUUUUUAUGGAGAAUAUACAAAGAAAUAUCCGUGAAGGGAUAAUCAUAUAAUUGCAAUUUUAUUACUAAAGCAAUCUUUAAUUGUGUUCCCUUAUGAAUGGCCAGAAUCAUUUGAUUGGCUUUAAUAUCUACAGAUAAGUAGCACCUUCCCGCCCACUAGUGUUCAAAAAGAAUUAUGAAAACAAGAUAAAAUGCUUAGAGAUCUAAGUUUCAAAAUGUAUUACAUUUAAUUAAGAUCAUUUAUUAGAGCUUAACUAUAAAUUGCAGGGAAGUUUGAUUCACAAAAUGAACAAGUUAAAGAGUGAUUAAAUGAAUGCAGAAUUUAAAGAGAACAAUCAAUAUGCAGCAAUAAGAAUAUCAAUGGAAUAAAAAUAUUGAGUCAAUACUAUCCUCAGAGAAAAUUGGUAUCAGAUUUUUUUCCUUCCAUUCAAUCAUAUCUGAUUCUCAGAGACACUUCUCGGAAAGGCUUUUUAGAAGUGAUUUGCCAGUGCCUUUCUAGGGUUCAGAGAAAGUGACUUGCCUGAGGACACCCAGUUGGCUUCAUGCCAAAGUAGGGCUAGAAUUCACAGUCUCCCUGUUUCUACUCUGAUGCCUUAGCCACUACAAUUUGGUUCUCAUCAGUUGUUUUACUGGUGGUGUAUUACUCUAAUGUUGAUUAUUAGAAUAGACAAUUUGUUCUUAAAAUAUUCCUGGAAAUGUGCUAGUGAUAUUGGAUCAUUUUUCCUUUGUGAUGUUAUGUCAUGUAAGGUCCAACAGUUGUGGAAAAUGAUUUAUAAUAGAAUGAAAUAAAUGUUCCACUCCAGCCUGUCAGAUUUUUGUUAAUAUUGCUAAACUUUAUAUUCUCAUAGGGUAUACUGAUUUGGGUUUGUACGUGUAACAACUGCAAGAAUUUUGUAUCCUUCUGUAUGACUUCAACUGAAAAUACAAUUUCUUCCAUAGAAGAUUGAGAAAGCAAAUUGUAGGAGUAUAUUCUACUAUCUUAAGUUAACCCUGUCAGCCUAUUGUAACAAAAAAACAAAACAAAAUCCAGCUUGGUAGGUCUUUAUCAGACAAAGAAAUUUUAUUAAAAACAAA